AUGGCUUCCGAGGAGCCCACCGUACAGAACGGCGCCCAGCCCGUCGACGACGUCGUAGAGGCCGCCGACAUCGACGAGUCGCUGCAGCCGUUCGAGAUCUCGCUCCACCUUCCCCGCCGGCCGCUGCUUCCUAGCAAGGGUCUCGCGGGCCUGCCCGAGACCCCGUCGCCGCUUACCGUGGCCGUCACUCCGCAAGAGACCCUCAACGACCUCCGCGUCACCAUCACGGAUAGCCCCGAGGGCUACUGGCUCGGCGCCUUCUGCUUCCGCCGCCCUGCGCCCGGACAGGCGGGCAAGAAGGCCGGAUCCAAGGCGACGCUCGGCGAGAGGGUAGGCGAGUGGAUCGAGCUGCGCGAAGUCUUCAAGGAUGUGCCCAAGGGCCAGCGCGAGCUCCACGUCACUCACGUCCCCUUCAACGAGGCCGACGCUCGCGCCCACGUCCAGCGCCUCCGCGACCUCCUGACCGGUGGCCAGGCCGACCCCACCGCCAUCGGCAUCGACGCCGGCAUCAGCGUCCAGGACGCCGUCAAGAACCCCGAGGCCUGGACCGCCGCCACCACCACCAACAGCAGCAGCAACCAGCAGUCCGGCUCCAAGAAGGGAGGCAAGGGCAAGAAUGCGUCGUCGUCGGCGGCUACGGCAGGCGGAGCGGAGAGCCAGACGGACGCGGCGGCAGAACAGGGCGCCAAGCUGCCUUUUGCCGACUGGGAAGACUGCCCACCUGUCACCGCCUCGACCCACGGCUUCUACAUCAGCCGCACCACCGGGUCCAAGUUUGACCCGUCGCCGAGGCCCGCCGGCCAGGACUUUGCGUCGUGCUCGCUCUUUGACCUCCUCUGCGGCUUCUCGCCCCUCUUCCUCACCAACUUUGCCAAGCUGUUUAACGACCCGGUCUCGUCGCGCGACUACUUCUCCGCCGUGCCGGUGACCAACGCCAUGCCCGCCCACCCCUGGCUGGCCCGCCAGCACAACCACCACGUCGACCCGCUCCGCUCCCAGACCGCCUACCUCUUGACCGGCGCCACGUCGGCCGACACCCUCGAGGGCACGCGCGACUGGAACGACGAGCUCCAGUCGACCCGCGAGCUGCCCCGCACCAACCUGCCGGAGCGCCUGAUGCGCGACCGCGUCCUCAACCGCGUCUUUGCCGAAUUCACCCAGGCCGCCGCCCGCGCCGUCCCCCGCGUCGCCGCCGGCGAGGUCCAGGCCAUGAACCCCAUGGACCGCCGCGACGCCCAGAUGUUUAUCGUCAACAACCUCUUCAUCUCCAAGGGCGCCGACGGCGUCGACAUCUACCCGCACAUGGGGGGCGACGAGGCCGCCCACGUGGCCGUCGGCAAGGACGUCCAGGGCAUCAAGACGCUCAACAGCCUCGACGUCGACGGCCUCUGCCUCCUCGGCACCGUCGUCGUCGACUGGAAGGGAGAGCGCUGGGUGGCCCAGAGCAUCGUCCCCGGCCUGUUCCGCCGCCGCGACGACGACGCCGUCGCCGAGGCCGAGGUCGGCGAGGGAGAGGUUAAGGCGGACGCCGCCGCCGACGCCGCCAAGGACGAGGCCGGCAGCAAGGACGACGCCAAGGUCGAGGACAAGAAGCAGCAGGAGCGCAAGCCCAACGGCGAGCCGGCCAGGCAGGACCCCAACGACGACACCCAGGUCGUCUACGGCGGCGUCGAGGGACCCGAGGUGAUCCGCAAGGAUGCCGCGUUCCACCGCCUGUUUGGCCAGGUGGCCCACACGCUCCACCUCAGCGAGCACGAGGUCGAGGACGCCAAGCACAAGAAGCACUCGCUCUGGCUCAGCGUCGACUCCAAGGGCCUCCGCGGCGCCGACGGCCGCAAGUACGUCCUCGACCUGGCCCGCCUCAACCCGGUCGACGUCAACUGGCUCGAAAGGGACAUGGACGGCGAGGUGCUGCUGGCGGGCGAGGCCGACCCCAAGGCGGCCGCCUACCCGCACCGGAUGGCCCUCCUCCGCCCGGAGCUGCUCGAGAUCUUCUGGGACAGCGAGUUCCGCAAGUGGGCGCGCGAGAAGCUGGCGGCCCGGCAGGAGGCCAAGAAGGCCAUCGCCGACAAGGAAAAGGCCGAGGGCGAGUCCGGAGACGCCACGGGCGAGGACAAGGACAAGGACAAGGACAAGGAGCCGGAGCCGGAGCGCAUCGACUCGUCCGACUUUAAGCUGAGCUUCAACCCGGACGCCUUUGCCGAGUUCAAGGUGCCCGACGAGUCGGCCGAGGGCGAGUCCAAGGUCAUCACGCCCGUCUCGGACGAGUCGGACGCCUCGGUGGCGGCGGUGCGGGCGGCCGGCACCUUCCUGCGCGAGGUGGCGGUGCCGCGCUUUGUCACCGACGUCGCUGCCGGCCUCUUUUCGGCCCCGGACGGUGCCGCGCUGUCGAGGCAGAUGCACGCGCGCGGCAUCAACGUCCGCUACCUCGGAUACGUCGCCCGCCUGUGCGAGGCCGACCAGAAGGACAAGCUGGACGAGGAGCUCAUCAAGAAGGCCGGUCCGGGCCACGAGGGCUUCCUCCGCACCUUCCGCAGCGUCGUGCUGCAGGAGAUGGUGCUGCGCGCUGCCAAGCGCAUCCUCCGCACGCUGCUGCGCGACAUCGAGCAGGUCGAGACGUCGGCCUGCGUGUCGCACUUCCUCAACUGCCUCGUCGGCGCAGCCCGGGAGCCCAGCCCCAAGCCCGACUACCGCCGCUCGCCAUUCGCCGACGCCGAGGACCCGGCGUGGACCGAGCUGACGCCCGAGUCGCUCGCGUCGCAGAUCCGGGCCCAGGUGCGCCAGCGCUUCCGCUACGAGCUGCCCCAGUCAUUCCUCGCGACCGAGCUGCGCAAGAAGCAGCUGCUGCGCGAGGUCGCCCUGCGAUGCGGCAUCCAGCUCAAGCUGCAGGACUACGACCUCGACGGCCCGGCGCCCUCGUCGCACGCCGCCAACGGCGCCGCCUCGGACGAGUCGGCGGCCGAGGUCGCCCAGGUCCAGCAGCCAAACGGCACCGACGGCAGCAAGAAGAAGAAGAAGAAGGGAGGCAACGGCGGCGCCGCGGUUGCCGCCGCCAACGGCACCAAGUCCAGGUCGGCCGCCGAUGCCGCCGACCCCAAGAAGGCCGCGCGCACCACGGCGUUUGAGCCGUCGGACGUGCUCAACCUGCUGCCGGUCGUCAAGGACUCGACGCCCAAGAGCACGCUGGCCGAGGAGGCGUUCGAGGCGGGCCGCAUCUCGAUCAGCCGGGGCGACCGCGAGCUGGGCAUCGAGCUGCUGCUCGAGGGCGUCAGCUUCCACGAGCAGAUCUACGGCCUCGUCCACCCCGAAGUGGCGCGGUGCUAUGCGCUUUUCGCCACCAUCAUCCACCACUUCGCCGGCGUCGUGGCCAUGGAGACGGCGGAGCGCAUGCGCCAGGCGCAGGCCGAGGGGCAGGAGAACCCGCAGAUCGAGGUGCCGCCCAUCAACGAGCAGCUGACCAUGGCCAACGCGGUGCGCUACCAGCGGCAGGCCGUCACCGUGUCGGAGCGCACGCUGGGCCUCGACCACCCGGAGACGCUCAACCAGUACAUGAACCUGGCCGUGCUGGAGCGUUCCGAGGGCAACACCGAGGCGUCGCUGCUGUGCCAGCAGCGGGUGCUCGACCUGUGGGAGACCAUCUACGGCCGCGACCACCCGGACUGCGUCAACGCGCUGUCCAACAUUGCGCUUACGCUGCAGAAUGCGCGUCUGUUUGAGUCGAGCCUGAAGCUGUACCAGUCGGCGCACGAGCUGGCGCUGCGCAUCUUUGGGCCGGACAGCAUCCACACGGCCAACCUGGCGCACGAGCUGAGCCAGGCGCUCACCCUCACCGGCGACCUCAAGACGGCGCUGACGGUCGAGAAGGAGGCAUGGCGCGUAUUCGAGGAGCGCCUGGGCAAGGAGGACGCCCAGACAAAGGAGAGCGAGGCCUUUUGCCUCAGCCUGGCCGCCUCGGCGGUGGCCGAGGGCGCGUCGUCGAACCGCUCCCUCGACGACAUCGUGCGCUACAUCCAGGGUGGCGCCACCGGCGCGCCCUCGCCGUCGAGGGGCAAGGGCAAGGCCAAGGCGGGCCUCAAGACGCGCAAGUGA